AUGGCGAAUCAGCCGCAGACACGCAGCAGUCAACGGACCGUGUUGGCGUGUACCGAGUGCGUGCGACGAAAGAUCCGCUGCUCCAAGUCAAUCCCAUGUGACGGCUGCGUUCGCCAGAACAAGGCGAGCCUCUGCCGCCGAGAACCUGUAGCGCUCACGGCUCGGCGCUCGGCACCACGGUCCACUACGCUGCGCGCAAAAUCAGGUGCAACGGCCAGAGCAAACACAGCGGCCGCGGAGAGCCCGUCGCAGGUUGGUACUUCGGUGUCAAUCCAUGACGAUGUGCGCUCUGGAAGCGUUCAAAUUGCCACUGGUAUCUCAAGUCAAGCGUCAGUAGUUGCCAGGGCGUCAACGGUCGAUACUCGAAUUCCCGAAACAUUAGCAUUGCGACGCCCAUCUGAGUGCAGUGACAGGGAACAUUCCCCUUCAGAACCCACCGCGGAUAUCGCAUCCCAGAUCUCUAGCAACCGUCGUCUCACAGGCGAUCCUUUGACGGACGAAGCGGCCUCGAACGCUCGAAUUCCUUGCUCAUGG